GUCGAUGUUUUGCCGCCGCGCUGUCGAAAGGCUCGCUGGAGUGCGGCUGUGGCGAUGGCUCCGAUGAGCGGGCGACAAAUGCGGGAAAAACGCCCGUGAAAGACAAACUGUUGACUCUUUUCACUCCUCCCCCGAAGCGCCGUGGCGCCUUUGACAUUCCUGGUGUGGAGAGAAAGGAAGGGGAGAGAGCGGGGGCUACAGCGGUGUCGGCUCAUCCCCAUCAUCGCACCGUCUAGGCCCCUGUCCUCAUUGCUCGUGCUCUACGUCGUGUUCGGCGCGCUCCGGGUGGAAAGGUCGGCACCCCUCUGCCAUCCUUCCAGAAAAGGACUCGAGAUCAUCCCCACUGUCUGUGAAGAUGGUGACGAGAUGGGUAGAUCUCACUGCGGGGAAUAACCAUUUGGGUUGUGAUGUGGUGGCUCUCGACGACGUCAAUGCGAAUCUCUGCGACCUGAGGGCUGCCGUCUUCACCCGGCUGUCUGGAAUCAUCAGGUUUUACGUCCCCCUCGCUGGCGGUACGUGACACGUGGGGUGAGGGGACAUCGAAAGACUGCGUUUGUGUUCCGUCAGCUUGCUCCCUCUAUUUCCGAGGCACAAGCGGAGACUUGGGCAGACUCGACCAGCGUGUGGUGGACGAGUUUCCCGUUGAGGGCGACGCCAACCGGCACAAACGGCAUGGACAGGACAGGGCACACGCCAUACCGAUGUGCAUCCACACCAACAAACGAGAAGGGAAGGUGCGUACUCGUUGCUCGGGUGAAACAGCUCUCUCUCUCUCUCUCUCUGUAUGUGUGAGUGUGUGUGUGUGUGUGUGAUCCCGUCGAUCAGGUGUGGGCGAGGGAGGUGGCCGUGGCCUUAGCGUGGGGCAGGCUGGUCUCACUGUGAGAGCGAUUGGCGUCCCCGUUCCGACAGCAUGAACGGGGCGCCCUGCUGCGCCGCGUUCCGUCGAUUGGCCACACAUACACCCGGCGCGGCAGCGGCACAGUGCCUCUCCUCCACGAUCCAGCGACCGUCCUCACAGGCGACGGGGAGGAGACCAGCACAGAGCCAUCGACAAAGGCAUUCCCCCAAAUGGAUUCCCCUUCCGAGCCGCAGAGACUCUGAGACGGGGCGAGCACCAACAAUUUCUCGUCACUACGGCUGACGGAUGACAUGUCUACUUCAUGUUUGUGUGACGGAUCAGUGGACGUACUGUGUGUCAAUAAUUGUGUCAGCAUGAGGGUCUUCAAGGCAGCGGUGCAGAUCAUGCAGGACGCGGGAUACCUCAACGAGCCGGAUGAAGGUAGGGAGGAGCAGUGGAAGAUGCCAGCAUACCUCGACGACGACGAGAUCGAGCCAAUGGUUGAUGCAAGGCUCAUUCUGCCAGAGGACCCUUUCUUAGCCUGACCACCGAUCGUCGAUGCGGUCUCUGGUUCCUGCAAUUGGUGAACAUGGCUGUGUCUGAUCAUGUGUCAGGGUUCUGGGGGCGUAGUAAUAGUAGCUACGAAGGCGAUUGUGUCCAUUCCCCUUUUUGUCCUGCCGUGGUUGAGUGUCGUGUGAGCCUUGUGUUCAUUGGUUGUGUGGAGACGUCUACUUGACUUGUACACAUUAUGCAUGGGAUGCGUGUCAAUCAAUGGGACGGACGGACACUCACUUCAUGACCUGUCUGUCUAU